CCCUCACGUAAUCUACGUCACAGACGUCCAGCUGGCGGGAGUGUAGUGUAGUGCACAGCAGCCCUUCAAACACUAUCACGCGUCUAUACCCAGAGUAUCGUUCUUUUAAAGUUUGUUUCGUUUAAAUAAUCAUUUUAUUUGUGGAAAUGAUUGGACAGAAAAGUAUCACCUCGUUUUUUUCGCCAGUAUCCAAAAAAAGAAAUCUGAAUGAGAUACUUACAUGCCUAGGGGAUGCAACAGAACAUGAGAAAAAACUAAAGUUGGAGCGCGACGAUGUUACAUCCCCACUGUCCCUGAGUCCUGAGCAACUUGAACGGAUAUCCAAAAACAAGAAGGCGGCUCUGGAAAGGCUCGCUGCAAACCAAGCUGAACCAAACGGGAUUGGAGAGAGCUGGAUGAAAGCGCUCAGCGCAGAAUUCGGAAAGCCCUACUUUAAAUUAUUAAUGUCUUUUGUUGCUGAGGAGAGGCAAAAACACACCAUCUAUCCACCUGAAAAUGAAGUUUUUACCUGGACACAAACAUGUGACAUAAAAGAUGUUAAGGUUGUGAUUCUUGGCCAGGAUCCUUAUCAUGGACCUAACCAGGCUCAUGGGCUUUGUUUCAGCGUGCAGAGACCUGUGCCGCCUCCACCAAGGUAUUGCCCUGCAGUCAUCAACUUGGUGAACAUCUUUAAAGAACUGGCUUCAGACAUUGAAGGAUUUGAGCAACCUGGUCACGGAGAUCUUACAGGAUGGGCAAAGCAAGGAGUUCUGUUGCUGAACGCUGUGCUGACUGUGCGUGCACACCAGGCCAACUCUCACAAAGACAAGGGGUGGGAGACUUUCACUGACGCUGUGAUACACUGGCUCAGCACUAACAUGCAGGGUCUUAUUUUUAUUCUCUGGGGCUCUUAUGCGCAAAAGAAGGGGGCUGCCAUUGACAAGAAACGACACAAUGUUCUGCAAACAGUCCACCCUUCGCCACUGUCUGCUCACCGUGGCUUCUUUGGAUGUAAACAUUUCUCAAAGACCAAUGAACUGCUGAAGAAAUCAGGAAAGAAGCCCAUUGACUGGAAAGCUUUGUGAUGGCUUCCAUUUGCGAUUGUAGGUGGAAUGUUGUCUUGCCCUGUUUAAAAGUUACCUUUGUUUAUAUUCAUUUCCUGCAAAAAUGACCCAUACCUUCGUUCUGAAUACAUAUAUAUUCUUUUUCAAGAGAAGUGUUUGGUUUAUUUGACUAAAGUUCUGUCCAUUUUUCCAUAUUUUCCUUUUAGAUGUUAUUGUUGUUGUUUUAAAAGUACAACACUAAAAGUGAAUGUUUGUAAUGCUUGUUAACACAAUAAACUAUUUUUCUACACAA